AUGACCCGCCCUGAAGCUUUGAGGAUUGCUCAAGAGCUUGGUUUCCUCAAACGUCCAACACCCCUGCUUCCCUCUGCCACAGAAGAUGACAAUGAUGGGUGGGAAGACACAAAUGAUUGUAUCCAUGAAGAAAUAUUCCAUGAAGAAAUCACAGACUUCUCCGGCGACCAAUAUGCUAGCCAUCAAAAAUCACUUCGACAUGCUGAAGCCCGAGCCAGGCGGCAACAAAAGUGGAAGGCACUUGAAACCCAACUGACGGCAACAUAUCUCCACCUUCAAUACUCUACAUGUAAUUGGACAAAGCCGUACUCAUAUUUGUCCAAUGAGGUUCAAUGCAAGUGUCCUUCUGACAAACUUCGACGGCGACGAGUUGACCUGAUUGACCUUCUCAGUCACACUAGAAGACGUCGAGUCACAUUCUGUGGUUGUCUACCCGAUGUGAUACGUCUUCUUCACCUUGGUUACAUAGCUGGCUCACCUCAGUUUCCUCGCACCGCCUUCUCUGUCCGGCUAGUCCAAUUCCACCAUCACCUCUGGAACCACCUAUCAGUAUCAACUUCAGGCUUUAUUGACACACUGAUGUCCUUUUUGGACGAACAAUGUCAUUCAAGAUUGACACCCGAACAAAUCAAGGGAAGACACCAGAAGAAUGUCAAUCGCAAUCUCAGACGUCCUUUCACUCAAGCAAUUGACGCCUACCGUCGAAUUCUCCUUCGAGAACUGUACCCUGACAAGUUUAUUGGUGUACUCUAUGAUAUCGGCUGCCACCUCGAUGUACAUAUAGCAAAGGUUAACAAAGGAGCUGGAACAUGGCUUCAAAAACGAUUUCAAAAUGCUGUGAAGGUCUCUAGAGAAGCCCAAUCCUCUUUGAAUUCCCUCUUUGAUAUGGACAACCCAGCCUUACCUGGAAACAAGUAUUCAGCCGAUUUUUUCCGUGGGCAGUGGGCUUCCGAGCGCGAAGCAUACACAAGUAAGCAGACAGUCUUGUUGAAGCAACAGUUAGAACUUGGUCGUCUAUUAUCUUUACAAGAUGAACUAGAAGCUGAGUGGUUAAAGCCAAUGCUUACACCUGAACAGGUUCUUGCUAGACUUCGGUCCACAGCUGAUCUGAAAGAGCGAAUUGAUAAGCAGGCGGCAAAAGUAGGCACUGCAAAUGUUCUGGGAUUAGAAAACAAGCAGAAAGCAUUCCUCAAGCUCUGGUACAGUAAGCACGAAGUUGGGCUGAAGUAUAUUGCCAUAUGUGAGGAAAAGCGACCACUCCAACAGAGUCGCACAGAUGGACAUGAAUCAAAUCUAGGACAUAAGGGAAAGACCAAUUUGCUUGUUGCACUUCGGAAGCAUGUAACACAGCUUAAGAAAGUUGUUGAAACAUAUCAAACUCGUCGGGCGGAAUACCACGUGGAAUAUCCACACCAUCAGCUCCCAGAAAAUAUUGAUUAUAACGAUCUAAUUCAUAUCCAAGCAGAUCAUCCCUUCUGGAACGACUCUCUCUUCACAAAACUGGAAGCACCUUGGGCAGUAGAUCCAAAGACGAGACAUGGCAUGCAGCAAGUUGCAUAUGCUGAUCGAGCAACCAAGGAGCUCAGGCGGCUUGGCUGGGAGGCUCGCCAAGCUAUGCGUUGGGCAAUCACGAGCCACAAUCAAAUCUGGAGGACUCUCCUUUCUUUGAAAUCGGUACCAAACUCUGACCCAAUCCUAGCGACUACUCUGACCUCUCACCCCACACUUUCAUGUUUACCUCCUCUGGCUCGUCAGAAAGCAGCUACUGUGGUCAUCAACAAUCGGUUUGUUAAAAUGGCAAACCUACAGCUCAUGUGGAAUGAAGGACUACUUGAACCAAGUUGGAGAUGA